AGUUGAGAUUAGGUCCAAUCCAUUAGCCCAAUACUUUCAGGGGUCGGGCAUCCAUCUCCAUCUAUCUAUUCACAAUGUGUGUGUAUUGAAAUAAGGAAACUGAGCAGCAGAUAAAUCAUCCCAAGAAGUUCAUCCGCAGUGUUCUUUUAGUACAGGACAGGAUGAGUUUUACUUUCACAUUGUGGAAGGCAAUGCUGCAAAGGCUUUCUCCGCGGUGGCCUCUACUGCUCUAUGCCGCAACGUGGACCACAAUCCUGACCAUAAUAGUGGCGGUGGCGUCCUUCUCCCCUGAGUUGGCUUUUGUUUCUGCGGUAAAUCCCACUUCUUCCUUCUCUCAGGCCUGUCGACUUCAACGACAACAAGAUCAAAGGCAAGUAGGGCCUACGACGGUUAGAGUUCCGGUCGACGUUCCCGGGGAACUUUUCUGCCUGCCGGCUCAUUUUUUCAAAAGGUCUAAAAUGGACUUGCUGGUCCCCCCGGUUUUCGCAGCGGUAGUUGUAGCUACCUCCGCUUACGUAGUUAAGGCUUUGGCUUUAUGGGAGAUGGAAGAUCCCCGAGACUAGGCCACGUACUUAGCUUGGGUAUGGACCAUGUACGGUCUCUGCACUCUGCAUCCUUCGGAUCCCAGGUUAUUAUUUACAGAGGAUUAGUCGUAACGCAUGCAGGUC